AUGUCUAGAAUACGUAAAAUAAACAGAGUGAUCCUAGAUCAGUCUGCCGGCGAGCCGAUAGAUGAGGAUGACCAGGAAAACAUAUUGAAAGACAUCGGAGCAGAAAAUAAUGAAAGCUAUAAGCACUACACACGAAUCUUAUGCUGCUUGUACAUCUCUGAAUUCAUUCUAGUAUUGGUGUUUAAACAUAACAAGAUACUUAACGUUUUUGUAAAUUCUUCAAUAGCAAUGAGUCUUGUUAGUGUGAACCAGAGCAUCCAUCUUGGACGUUAUCAAGGUAGUAUAGAGUAUUGCAAUUGGGGACUUGCCACUUCUCUUGUACUUUACUUUUUCAAAGCUCGGCUUAAUCUAUCAAGUUCUCACUGUUGGCUUCCUUUGUUCAAUGUUAUGAACGCGAGCACUGUUAAACGAUGGCACGCAAGAACGAAUGGUGACAUUCGUCAACUAGGAAAUUUGAAGUACAAGUAUAAGAGCGUGUAG